UUGUUAAUGAAUCCCGAUUGUAGAGCUCAGAGCAUAACCAAGCCCCUGUUCGUCUUCCGGAGAUCAAACCGUGGUGGAUGAAAUGUCUCCAACAAAGGCACUUGCAGCCGCAGCGGCGGUCGGCGGCGGAAUGCUCCGAUCCCGUCUUCGAUCAUCGCUUCGCCUGCGCAGCAGUGGUGGCGAAGGUGCGGGGCGAUGGACCACCCAAGGGCACGAGGAACGACCAAAAGGCUACCUCUUUAAUCGACCGCCUCCACCUCCUGGUGAGUCGAGGAAGUGGGAGGACUGGGAGCUUCCUUGCUACGUAACCUCCUUUCUCACGAUCGUCAUUCUAGGCGUCGGCCUCAACGCCAAGCCCGAUCUCACCAUCGAGACGUGGGCACAUCAGAAGGCCCUCGAGCGCAUGCAGCAGCAGCAGCAGCAGAUCGUGGCCGCCGCAGUAGAUUCCGAAUGAUUGGAAGACCUCACUGUAAUCGUUGGUGGUCUAGGGUUGUUUAGGAUUGGAAGGUGAAGCUGGGAUUUGAUGCAACUUUGUGGAUUUAUGGUUUUGAUUAUGGAUUGUUCAUCUGCCUAUUUUUAAUAACAGUCUAGAAUAAUUUUCCUUUUGGACGUUGAAGGCGUCUGAUCUUGUUCUGCUUAAGAAACGCAUAAUGAUAGCUCUUUUUUGGGGUAAAUUUCGGUACUUUGUUUAAUUUACUUAUAUGUGAUAUAUGUUCCUUGAUUGUUUGU